AUGGCGCCCUCUUCAAAUUCCGCUCCUGCCCGGAGUUCUACAGAUGUGCUGCUGGCGAUUAAACAGCAGCAUUUAGCCAAUAUUAUCAGCCGUGAAAAGAACCACGAAUAUCGCAAGUACCGUCUCAAAGAUGGUGUGUCUCGACUCUGGUUAUACGAGACUGGCGACGGUGGAGGAAGCUCCUCAAUAACUCAUAUCGCCAUUAUCCCACCAAACACCCGCCAUGAGCCAGGCUCCGUGCCUACUGAACCACCUGGCAUCGGUAAUGAAGACUUCAACGCUGGGCGCAAAGAGUCCAAGUACGGCUAUCCCAUCCUCGAGCUCUACGAACUUAUGAAUCCAGUCACUCUCGAUGAAAUGAAGACACGAUGGGGAAUGGGCGGUGCACCCAUGGGCCGGCAGUACGUAAGAUCAGAUCUGUGGGAGGACAGAUGGGAUGAGAGAGAGGAGGAGAGAGCCGAAAAGGUGAACAAAGUGUUUUAA